CUAUAAUUUUUUUAAGCUCCGCCAGUGCAGAAAUGUUUGAUAAAGCUUUGCUUAAUGUGGAACAUUUGCCACAUUGCAAUGAACAAAAUUAUUGGCUGCAGAAUGAACAAGCUAACACAGAGAAGCAGCAACCUUCAUCAAAUAGAAGAAAGGCUUGUCCCAAGAAACAAGACAGAAAACAUGAAGAAACAGUGGAUUUGAGGAAUCUUCUGCUUCUGUGUUCACAAUCUGUGUAUGUCAAUGACACCAUAAAUGCCAAUGAACUACUGAAGCAGAUUAAUCAACACUCUUCACCCUUUGGUGAUGCAACACAACGGUUGUCUCAUUACUUUGCCAAUGGCCUCGAUGCACGCCUUAUCGGUGAUGGUACUGGAGCACAAACAUUCUUUUCCUCUUCUAGCUUCAAAAGGAUCACUGCUGCUAAGUUUUUGAAAGCUUACCAAGUUCAUUAUAUUAGCCCUCCAUUCAAAAAACUUGCAUACUUCUUUGCAAAUAAAAUGAUUAUGAAAGUUGCUGCAAAGGCUGAAUCCCUUCAUAUUAUUGAUUUUGGUAUUCUUUAUGGUUUUCAAUGGCCAAUGCUUAUUAAGUUUUUAUCAAAUAGAGAAUAUGGACCUCCAAAGCUGAGGAUCACCGGGAUAGAAUUCCCCUUACCCGGCUUUCGUCCCAUGGAAGAAUUCAGGAGACUGGUCGUCGUCUUGCAAAAUAUUGCAAGCGUUUCAAUGUUCCCUUUGAGUUCAAUGCCAGCAUCAUGGAACUGGGAAACAAUUCGAGUCGAAGAUCUUAAGAUCAAGAGCAACGAGGUAGUUGUUGUAAACUCUCUGAUGAGGUUUAAGAAUUUACUAGAUGAGAGUAUUGAAGCGAACAGUCCUAGAAGUGCUGUUCUGCAUUUAAUCAGAAAGAUAAAUCCUGAUAUUUUUACUCAGUCUAUUGUUAAUGGAUCAUAUAAUUCGCCUUUCUUUUCUACAUGGUUUAGGGAGGCAUUGUUUCAUUUUUCUGCUAUUUAUGAUAUGUUUGACACUGUAAUACAGCGGGAAAAUGAAUGGAGGAUGAUGAUUCAGAAGGAAAGUGUUGGUAGGGAGGCUAUGAAUGUUGUAGCAUGUGAAGGUUUAGAGAGAGUUGAGAGGCCUGAGACAUACAAACAGUGGCAGGUUAGGAACACAAGGGCUGGUUUCAAGCAGCUUCCAUUGAACUCAGAAUUAAUGGCCAAUUUUAGGACAGAGUUAAGGCAAUGGUACCAUAAAGAUUUUGUAUUUGAUGAAGACAGCAACUGGAUGCUUCAAGGUUGGAAAGGUCGUAUUUUAUAUGCUUCCACAUGUUGGGUGCCAUCAUAAUUAAUCAACUCACAUCAUACUAGACAUAUGGUGUGAGCGUUGUUAUUAGAUUUUAAUAGACAUUCAGCAUGUGCAAUUAGGUUUUUAAAUUAGAUCGUGUGUUUUCUAUUAAUAGUUCAUGUAAAUUUUGUUAAUUCUAUUAGUCUAUUUGAUUUUGGGUUGAAUUGGGAUUAAUACAUGCUGUUGAUUCUAUUCUUAAUGGUCUUUUGUGAUUUAUCAAUUAUUAUCA